AGUGGAGAGGCAUUGUGCUGGACCGGCUCAUUUUAAGCCUGAAGGCAUUGUACAGGGAACUCAUAUUACUAACACAGGUAUGGCAGGAAUCCUGUUCACUUGAGUUUAAAUAAGAGGUAGCCAGCUGCCGUCCCUUGGAGCCCAGACCACGAUGGAGAGCCACUGCUGACAGUUGCAAACCAAACUCUGGAUUAUCAUAACAACCCCUCAACAAGAGGUAGGACCUCACUGAUUAUGGUGGGACCUGCAGAGAGCGAGAUGAGGCACAUGCAAGGUGUUGUUGCUGUGCCAAGAGAGGAUCCAAUGACUUUGUGUUGACAGCGCAAGUGUUCAUGAUACAGCAGGUCUCUCCAGCAGUCUUUCCGUUCUGCUUCGGCAAGCAAGAGAGGACGAAGAUCAUCAGGAAAGAUGUUCUUCGUGGCGGGGGCCAAAAACUCAGGAGGAUCAGGGGGAGGAAGUGAAAGGAGGUCUAUUUAUCAGAAAUUUCGGGAUGUAGAUAUAUUGGACAAGAAGAAGACAGUGACAGCACUACAGGCUGGAGAGGAUCGGGCCAUUCUUCUGGGACUCGGAAUGAUCCUGUCUUCGGUCAUGAUGUAUUUUGUCCUGGGCAUCACCAUAUUACGCUCCUAUGCAGACAGCGUGUGGACAGAGGAGGGUGUGUGUGUUGUCCUGAACUCCACGGUCACAGCAGACAUGAACUGUUCCUACAACUGUGGGUCGGACUGCUGGAGAGUGUCCAAAUACCCCUGUCUGCAGGUCUAUGUGAGCGUCAAUAACACGGGCCAUGUCAGCCGUUUAUCUCACAAUGAAGAGACCCAGGAUGCCAGCUCUGAAUGCUUCUAUGUUCCCCGGUGCCAGAAGGACAGCGUGGCCAUGCACGCCAUGAUCAUGAACAUUUCCGAGCGUCUGAAGGCGAACCAGCAGGUGCCGUGUUACUACGACCCCAGCGAGCAGCAGGAGACGGUUCUGCUGACCCGGCUCUACGACCACAGCGUCGUGGUCCACUCGCUGCUCUGGCCCUCCUGUAUGCUCACGGGAGGCGCCCUCAUCAUCGUGAUGGUGAAGCUCACGCAGUACCUCUCCAGACUGUGCGAGGAAAUAGGGAAGAUUAAUAGGUGAAGCAGCAGCUGUGAACAUACGGCGGUUUGGCGAUGGACACAUGACAUGAGAAGGGAUUGUUUUAACCAGGCGACCUUGCUGUGACCUCUCGCAAACUUUCCUCCUUGGCUGAGACAUUCGGAGCAGCUGACUUUCCCUCCGGAUGUGACUGUUUAUAAAAGUGAACUGAAUGUUCCUGGGUGGAAACUGUCAGACGGGUCGCUGUCUGUUAACUAUGACUGCAUUUUGCAUGGUGUUAUAAGUAUUGUGAAAAGUUUAAAGGGGGCUUUGGUUACAAGUGUUUGCCAUACUUAAACAUGGAAUAGCCUAUGUCACAUAUGAUACUCAUGACAAUAGCAAUUUAUAUUUAGACUAACGGAGGAAAACACAGCUGUCUGUACUAGAAUAUCCUGUUUGUGGCUGAUAAUGUUGAGAAUUUUCAUGUAAUUUGAUAAUACUGUGAUUGUUUUCUGAAAUAAUUUCUUAUUUUAUAUCCACUACACCAGCGACCAAAUAGAAUGUGGAGGUCUUUUAUUGUGAGAUAUCUUUUAAAAUUGAACAUAAGGUACACAUAUAGGGGAUUUCAUGCAUAGAGGAAAACGGACACCACCAUCACCAGUGCCAGAAUGAUAGGGAAUUAGGGUUUUUUUUUUUUGACCGGUUGGAUUAAUUUAGCUUUCAUUUUCUCAAGCAUAAUAUACAUUUUGUUAACAGAUGGCCAGGAAUUCCAGGCAGAGGCAUCUGUCACAUAUGUUAACACUGACUCACUGGCUUUACUCUAUGUGGACUGGUCAUACUUACGGUCACGUGUGGUCACAUCCCAAAGGCACAUUCACAGCUGAUAAAAACCCUGGUAACACCUGC